GAACUGCAAAGGAGUCAACUUUACCCUUCAGUGUUUCUACCGAAAUGCGCUGCCCGUACUGCACCGCCGGGCAGGGCCGGUGCGCCACCAACUCCUCCGGCCGGAGCAUAACCGAGUGCGCCUCCUGCGGCCGCGUGGUGGAGGAGCGGCAGACGCAUCCUCAUCACCUGUUCCACCUUCGCGCGCAGGAUAAUCCUCUCUGCCUCGUGACCUCGGACCUGCCGUCAGCGCCGGUCGUCUCUAGGAACGAAGACGAAGACCCCUUCGAACCGACGGGAUUCAUCACCGCUUUCUCCACGUGGUCGCUCGAGCCGUACCCUGUCUUCGCCCACUCGUCGCUCUGGUUUGCAGGCCACUUGGCGGAACUGGAGCGGGUCCUCGAAACGACGUCGCAGGGCAGUAAUUCGACGGCUACGGGGCCGUCGGUAGUGAUGGAUAAUCUGAGGGCUUACUUGCAGAUACUCGAUGUGGCGUCGAUUCUUGGGCUGGAGUACGAUAUUUCGGACCACGCUUUUCAGCUUUUCAGAGAUUGCUCCUCCGCCACGUGUUUGAGGAAUCGGAGCGUGGAGGCGCUCGCUACCGCCGCCUUGGUGCAGGCAAUUAGGGAAGCUCAAGAACCCCGAACUCUUCAGGAAAUAUCGAUUGCUGCCAAUCUACCCCAGAAGGAGAUUGGGAAAUACAUCAAGAUACUCGGAGAAGCUCUGCAGCUAAGCCAACCCAUCAACAGCAACUCAAUAUCAGUCCACAUGCCCCGAUUUUGCACCCUUCUCCAGCUCAACAAGUCUGCUCAGGAGCUAGCGACACACAUCGGGGAGGUUGUGAUCAAUAAGUGUUUCUGCACCCGCCGGAACCCCAUAAGCAUCUCAGCUGCCGCCAUUUAUCUAGCCUGUCAGUUGGAAGACAAACGCAAGACCCAAGCCGAAAUCUGCAAGGUGACGGGCCUCACAGAAGUCACUCUACGUAAAGUUUACAAGGAGCUAUUGGAAAAUUGGGACGACCUUCUCCCAUCGAAUUACAGUCCCGUAGUCCCUCCCGAGAAAGCAUUUCCGACCGCCACUAUUCCUGCCACCGGACGAUCCAUACCCUCUCGCAGCGACAUCAUCGAAGGAGCUUCCGUCGACAGGGAGAAGCACGUUGAAUCCAGGCAUCCGAAGCCUAGUGAAAUCUUGGGCGCAUCCCAUCAGUCGAAAGGGAAAGAGAACGCCGAAAGUAAAGAUUCCGUCCAGAGGACCUACAAUGCUGCGAUUCUCGGUUCUCCUUUCUGGAAGACGCAAGUCCCCGUUGGAAGUUCUUCUGCUCAACGACUGCCGGAGACGAAUCAGGCAUUGCCCCAAACUAUGGAAGUUGAUUUGGGCAGGGACGAGAAGAAAGGGGAUGCAGACACAAGGGCUGCUGCUUCUAACAACCUCAGACAUGUGCGGUUCCCGUCCGCCCCAACUCUCGCUGCCGGCAUGGUGCCCUGGCCUUUUCGACCGCCUAUGUCGUCGGGACUUUCGCCGUUCGGGCAGUCGGGGCAGUCGGGUUCUGAUAGUUUGGUCGAUAAAGGAGGUGUCCAGCCAAAUCCCAAUGAGAAAUUCAACUAGAAU